AUGAAUGGGACCCCAUCAUCAGGCACAUGUAAAACUAACAGGGAUGGUUUCGCCGAAUCCAUGAAGGAUGUGAAGGUGUGGGCGAGGAAGUUGGAGCGAGGUAGUAUGCGAUGGGCAAGGGAAUCCAAUGUGUUAACCCUGCAAUGGGUUGAUAACAGGCCUGUUUCCUUGAUUACAUCAAUUGAUUACGCAAAUGAUAAAAAGGAUGUGGAGAGAAGGACGAAAACAAAAGGAGUGUUUGAAAAGAAGAUUGUAAGCCAGCCCUAUGCAUUUCAUAGAUAUAACCAGUACAUGAACGCAGUAGAUAGGUCAGACCAAAUGCUUGCAUGUCAUAAUGUAAAUCGUAAGUGUUAUCGAUGGUGGAAAACAUUAUUCUUCCACUUAAUAGAUAUGGCAACUGUUAACAGUUUCCUUCUAUUUCAAAGCCAUCGUAACAGUGACCCGGGUAAUCCGGCAUUGCAUCGCAAGUCCACAUAUACUAUAGUUGAUUAUAGGGAAGAGCUGGUUAGACAGCUUUGUGGGUUAGCAGAGUAUGAUAGACCUCCUCUGAAUGAGCAAGUGCAGGCUGUUCCUCCCCCUGAUCAGUUUUGUACUGCCCAUCUACCUAAAACGGCAGCAAAUGGUGUAAGAAGGAAUUGCGUUGUUUGUUACGUGGAAGGUCGAGGGGAGAGGAAGGUUUCUACUUAUUGUACUGCCCCUCAGUGCAAUAGGCACAUGCAUGUUGCUGGUGAGCAUGAUUGUUUUGCAGUAUGGCAUAGUAGGGAUUACACUGGUAAGAGGUCAUGA